AUGGCUUCCAUUCCCACCCCACAAGAAACACAACAAUCAGGCACUUUCACAAUCCACUACUUCGCCUCCGCCGCCCAAUACACCACCAAAGACAGCGAGCGUCUGCCCGCCCCGCUGCCUCUCGCACGCCUCUUCGCGCUGCUGGAAUCCCGGUAUCCUGGGAUACAGGAGAAAGUGCUGUGCAGCUGUGGGGUCAGUGUCGAGGGCGAGUAUGUUGAUGUUGGGGAUGACGCGGAUGCGCGAAGGGAGAUUCACGUUGGCGAAGAGGUUGCGGUUAUUCCGCCGGUGAGCUCGGGGUAA